AUGAGUGCAAAGAGAAAAUCGAUUGAAGAAGAUAAGUCUUUGAAGAGACCCAAAAAUGUGAUCACCGUUGAUGAUAUCAAGAGAUGGCAUAAAGAGAUCAGCACAUCACCUAAAUACUACAAUAAUAUAGUGAGGUUACUUGAUGGAUUUACCAAGGAGAUCGAGAAAUUGGACACACAUUCGAAGAAAGAUGACGAUGACGAUGUUAUUAAAACAUUUAUUGUGGCCCUUACACAGAUUUUCCAGUCUUUAUUGACGGCAGACCAGCUUAGAAUAUCGAGACAUGACAACGAACAGCAGGUUAAAGUUUCCAAGUGGCUUAGAACAAAGUACCAAAAUUACUUGGAGUCGAUAUAUCAGAUUUGGGCACUUGAAGGAGUCAGUGACGGUGUGGUGGAGCUUCAGAUCGACGGACUCAGCUCUUUGAUGACACUUUUGCAAGUGGAAAGUGAUACUAUGGCACCUUCCAAAGAACAACCAUACUUUGCUACAGGCAGCUAUAAAUCGAUAUUGAAAGCAUUGCUUUUGACUGGAAAUCAAACUCAAAUUCGGGAACAAGGAUAUACUAUUGAUAAUCCUUUGAUUUUGGAAUUCUAUGACCAAUAUUUCUCGAAUUAUUGGGAUAUCAAAUACUUCUUCUUUGACGCACUUAGUGAUAUUGUGAAAGAAUUAGAAUCGAAGGAGAUGCUCUUUUUCGCAAAUGUCAUAACAUUGGUAAAAUUGGCUCCUAUGUAUCCUGAAAAGGAUAUAGAGAAGUAUAUAUCGGAGAGGUUUGUUGCAAAUCCUCCUUCGAAAGUGGAAAGCAUCUUCAAAUUCAGGUCGAACUUUGAGAAAUCCUGGACACAGAUGAUGACCAGCCUUAGUUUGUCUCCAGCUGAGUACAAAUCGAUCCUUCUGAUAAUUCAUAAGAGAAUUAUACCAUUUUUUGAGGAUCCAUCUAGACUUAUGGACUUCUUAACAGAUGCUUAUGACCUUGGAUUUGAGGAAAAGGAUAUCUCUCUUUCGAUUUUGGCUCUAAAUGGUCUCUGGGAGUUGAUGAAGAAUUAUAAUUUGGAAUAUCCGGACUUCUACACCAAGUUGUAUGGUAUUCUAACUCCAGAGCUUCUUCAUUUGAAUUACAGAAACAGAUUCUUUCGUCUUUUAGACUUGUUUAUGAGCUCCACACAUCUUUCUGCUGCCAUUGUGGCCUCGUUCAUUAAACAAUUGUCAAGAUUAUCUCUUACAGCUCCUGCUACAGCUAUAGUAGCCGUGAUUCCAUUUGUUUACAAUCUUUUGAAGAGACAUCCCACCUGUAUGUUGCUGAUUCAUAAUACUAGUGAUGUAGGAAAGGAUUUUGUGGAUCCAUUCAAAGAAGAAGAGACUGAUCCUUCCAAUACAGAUGCUUUGGAGUCCUCAUUAUGGGAGUUACAGACAAUGAUGAACCACUAUCAUCCGCAGGUAGCAUCUCUAGCCAAGAUCCUUUCUCAACCAUUCAACAAGUAUAAUUAUAACAUGGAAGACUUUCUAGAUUGGAGUUACCAAAGAUUGUUUGACAGCGAGAUGACCAAGAGAUUUAAGGGAGAGCUUGGCGUGGAAUUUGAGCAAUGGGAUACAAUGUUCGGAGAUGACGGAUUCAUGAAGGGAUAUACAUUCUAA